UGAAGAAAAUUCUAGAUAUUAACUUCAUGAUAUAAAGUGAAUUCUAAAGUAGGAAUAUGCAAUUAUGCAGUUAAGUCCAUAUAUUUCUGGCGAAUACACUAAUUAGCACAAGACCCACCUAACUAAGUGUGACAGAAAGAAAAUUACCACUAAGCGACUACUGCUAAUAAUGUCACUAAUCUAAUACUUUAUGGCAUUAUACAAUUCUGUAAAUGUUACACUGUAAAACAACUCAAAGUGUGUGAAAAUAUUUUAAAAUGGUGUAAACUGACAGAUGUUCCCAGUGCAGGUUAGGAAUUCAGUUGAAAUACUUAAUACAACCAUUGUGUAGUAACUGAUUCUGUAUGUUCUAGCAUUUAGGGCUUUUCUUAGACAUGAUCAUUAAUAACUAGACAUGAUUUCUUAUUCAUGGGCAGAGGAAAUAUAUAGGAGGGAUGGUACCAAAACUAGACGUUUUUGUAAAAGCAAAUAUAAACACUGACCAAAAAAAAAAACCUGAUCAAAAAUCACAUUAAUAAAUAUUUUGCUAAUCGCAGAUACAUAACUAAGAGGCCAAAGUCUAAACUGUUGUAUUGCUUAAAUUGAACUGCAGGAGAUUACAGAUAAACUGUUGUAGGUGAAAUGGUGUACUGCAGCUGAACUGAACUGUAUCUGUACGGCAGUAGCUGAGUGGCCCCGUCCGGAAACCACGUGACCGCAUACUGUCUCUUUAAAUUUACCCAGGAGCCCCUUAAGGAGCCCCAGGGGCCCCAAAGCUCGGCUCCCCACCCUGAAGACAAGCGGAGCCUCUGAAAAACACACACAGGAGGCCAUCUGGAACAUUUGAUGAGUAUUUAAUAAGUACUUCGAUCGGAUGAAGUGCGAAUUGAAACUCGCGUGGACGUGUAAAAGUUGAGUGAAGUUGAGCCGCGUGCACACCGCGCACACAGAGCGACACCGCGCACACUUACACUUACAGGCGAAUGCGUCUUCCUGCUGCUUUCACAAGCGAUCAGCGCAUGCUUCUUCGAAAUACUGCGCCCGUAACAGCGUUUGGUACGCGGAGCGCGGAUUUGGGUCGGUUUAACAUCAGCUAGGCAUGGAAGAAAACGAGUGCAGGGAGUCGGAGCCCGGGGUCCAGACGGAAAGCCUCUCAUUGAUAAUAAGGGAUGAGGAAGAGGAGGCCAGUCCGCCUUUCGGCGCUUCGGCACAGCUCGCAGCAGGUGAAGAUGACAUGACCAAUGGACACAAUAGAGAUGACAGUCAAGCUGGUCUGAUCACUCAUGUGGACUCACCAGGGACGAGCUACUGGAGUGUUUCGGAGAGCCCUGAAUCACCCUCCCUCCUGUCCCUUGUUCUGGGGCCAUCUAGAAACAAAACAUCUCCAGCCAAAGCAGGCUGGGCAUCACGGACUGGCCACAGUCGUAUCCCUGGUCGAGACCACCGCCGUUAUUACCACGAGCACUGGAGAACCGAGUACCUGAUGGAUUUUGACCCCAAGAGAAAUGGGAUGAUCUGCAUGGUAUGUGGCAGCUCCUUAGCCACUCUAAAGCUGAGCACCAUUAAGAGACAUAUCAGACAGAAGCAUCCUGAUUCGUUGCUGUGGAGCGCGUCCGAUAAGGAGGUGAUCCGUUCAGGUUGGGAGAACCAUCUGAAUCUAGAGACUAGUCAGACAUCCUGUGCAGAUUCAGCCAUCGCCUCAGAGCCGGAGGAGACGCUUGAAUGUGCCAGUGAGACAGACAAGCCUGGCAGUGCUGUGAUAGUUAAAACUGAGUCCCAGUCUGAGCCUAGCGUGGUGAGCUCCUCAUCGGCUCAGGAGACUCAGAGUGUGUUGACUGAGAUACUAGAGCGCUACGUGAACGACUCGCUGCACGCCUGGUUCCGCCAGGAGUUCCUAAUGGAGUACCAGGCAGAGGUGGGCAGGCUGGUGUGCAUGGUGUGCAGCCGUCCCUUGCCCUCGCUUCACCUCGACCACAUCAAGAGGCAUGUGCUGGAGCAGCAUCCCAACUCACUGGUGUACAGUGCAGGGGAGAAACAUCGAGUCCUGCAGAGCUGGGCCCAAAGCCAGGACUCUGCAAGAGACUAUAUCAAGACAGAGCCAGACACCAAAGACCUGAGCGUGAACAGACGAGUACCGCUCCCUGCCACAGAGCCUGCCUCUCUCCAGCACAUCACAGAGCCAUCCGGAGGGUCUGGGAGGGAAUCAGAAGACCCUUCUCACCACACCCCUAACAGCAGGUUAAAAAAAGGCAGCCCAUGGCAUCUACGGCUGGAUUAUUUGGUUGCUAUUGGGCCUCCGAGCAUGCCAGGCUGCUUCUGCAUGGUGUGUUCCGAGGAGCUGCCAGUGGUGAGAGUCAGCAGCUUUCGCAGGCACAUAGAGGACUGUCACCCUGAGACCAGCUAUCUCAGCCAAAGAGAGAGAGAAGACAUAGCCAGCGCCUGGACCCAGGAGGUGGCCACGGAGGAGCCGGAAACACAUUCACAACAGGCUUCCCCCAGUGAUGCACCCGUUAAAAGCAAGACGUUUUCCAUAAAACCAUUCGCCUGGCAGCGUGGCAUCAAGAAGGAAGACAGGGAGAGGUCAAAGAUCAUGUCCGCGCCCAUUAUUGGGAGAAACGUCCACUACCCAGGCAAGGACCAGCGGCGUAACUACCAGGUGCGCUGGCGAAUGGAGUACCUGAUGGACUACGACUGCAGGAGGCACGGGCUGAUCUGCAUGGUGUGCCGCACCACUCUAGCGACUCUGAAGGUGAGCACGAUCAAGAGGCACAUCCAGCAAGUCCACCCUCACUCGCUGAACUACAGUGCCGAGGAGAAGCAGCAGGCAGUGGAGAGCUACAGCCAAGCGACGCUACACUUCGUUCACGCUGAAAACUGUUUCUCAGGCUCGGAUCACAGUCACGUAGCACAGACUAACACUAAGGUUGAGAUCGACCAGGUUUAAUGAACAGUGAGGGUUGUGGCAUGCUUUCUUGCACUCAGGAAGAAGAUUGCUGGAACAAGCCAAAAUAUGAUCUCCACAGCUUUUUAGUUGAGAAUGAAAGCUUGAUACAAUUUUUUCUGUGCACUUUUUGUUUGUUUGAUUUCACAACAUGAUUUCAAUUAUUAAGCAAUGAUCUUCUUGGAGUUGGAGAAAAGUAAAGUUGUUUCCUACAGAGGAAUGAUGUCACUGGCUUGAAUACAAAUGAAGGACCUAACAGGGCUCUACAGUGCAACCAUUUCACUCGCAUUUGUGACUGAAAAGUACUUUGUGCGACUGUGAAAAAAAAAUAUAUUCGCACCGGUGCGAGUGACCUGGUCGGAGUUGUAUAAUACAAUUAGAAUAAAAACUGCAAGUCCAAAAUGCAUCUAGCUACAGUUACUUUCACUUCAAUUUGCCGAUCUCACAAACCGCCGUCUUUUAUUGAUCGCGCAAAAUGACCUGAACCUGCGACUGUGACAUGCUCGUGUACACACAGCGGCGUCGGGCAGAGUAAAUUAAUAAUAAUGCUAACACUACAAGGUGGGUUUAAUUCAAACUUCUUUAUUAAAUAAUUCCUCACCAAUCAUAAUCAAGAAUAACAACUGUUCAGUCUGUAGACACAGUACACUGCCGCUCUC